AUGGCCACGGCGGAGUACUCGAGGGCUAAAACGUCGGUGUGGUGGGAUAUAGAGAACUGCGAGGUACCGAAAGGCUGGGAUGCACACGCGAUUGCUCAGAAUGUGAGUUCGGCUUUGCUGAAGAUGAAUUACGGUGGUCCUGUCUCAAUCUCCGCCUACGGCGACACCAAUCUGAUCCCUCACGCUGUUCAGCAAGCGCUCUCUUCUACUGGUGUUGGUCUUAAUCACGUUCCUGCAGGUUCUAUUCUUCAUUAA